UUCACCGACCUUCCACUCCGGCCUGAUCAACGGCGAACCGUGUGCCGCUUUCAGUUCUAUUGCGCUCGUCGAGUGAGAAACGCCGCUCCCGAGCUGCAUGUUGUUUUCAGUUGCGCGCGUUUAUUUAAUUUUGAAAAAAUCGCACCAAUUAGAAUGACAAUUUUGUUAGUUUGAACGUAAACAAAAUUGAAAGACAAUGGAACGGGUUGUUUUCGGGUUGUUGUUGUUGGGAUCGUUUGCGGCGGUGAGUUGCAGAGAGAUGCCGAAAUGUGAGAGUAUUUCGGUACCAGUGUGCCACAAUUUGGGAUAUAACACCACGAUGAUGCCCAAUUUUAUGGGACAUAAUUCGCAAUUGGAGGCCAGCUUUGAGCUUAAGAAGUACGAACCGUUCUUGAACCACUUCUGCUCGCCGCACAUCAAACUCUUCAUAUGUUCAGUUUACAUUCCAUUGUGUUCAGAACAUGUACCAAGACCCAUACGAGUUUGCAAAGGACUGUGUGAGAAAGUCAAGAAUGAUUGUCUUCCAUCUUUGCAAGAGAUGGGUAUUUCCUGGCCCGCGGAACUAAAUUGUUCUUUAUUUUCUGAGCCACCCGAAAUGUGCAUUGAACAACCCGAGGAAAAAGAACGACUGCCAAACUACUUAAAUCCAAACGACAUAAAAUACAACAUGACCCAUUGUCCCCCCAACACCAAACCAAAGGGUAACAAAUGCGUUCCCUACUGUAAAUACAAACAACUCUUCCAGAAGGACGAAGUCUCCACCUUUGAGAUUUGGGUAGCAGUUUGGUCGAUAAUUUGCUUGGUAUUUACAAUCGUUGCCCUGCUGACCUUCCUGAUCCAACCCAAGAGGUUCAGAUGGCCCGCUAGACCGAUCCUCUAUCUCACAUCUUGCGGAUUCGUCACGUCAACCAUUUACUUGAUCCGUUGGGUUGAAGGUCCGUACACCUGUACUGGUGAAUCUCAACUAGAAAAACCUUCAGAGAGUUUAUCUUGCGUGGGGAUAUCACUGAUUCUUCUAUUCUGUGACAUAGCCUACUCGUUGUGGUGGUGCGUGUUUUGUUUUGUGUGGUUCUUAAGCGCGGCCAGAGAAUGGUCCACGGAAGCCAUUGAGAAGAUAUCCACUCGUCUUCAUACCACGGUUUGGAUAGUCAGCGCCUUUCCCAUGUUGUACAUACUAAUAUCUCACAAUAUUAACAUCAAUUAUUUGUCCGGGUUUUGUGAGGUGAAGAGUAUGCCGUUGAUAAUGUUUCAGCUAGUGUUUAUGGUUAUCAGUACCUUUUUCAGUGUUGUAACUUCAGUUGCAUUAAAGAAUGUCAAGAAGACUUUAAUAGCGGCUGGAAGGUCACCACUCAAGCUGGAGAUUCUCUUCUACAGGCUACUUAUUAUUAGUAUUGGCAUAUGUUUACCGCAUAUUUGUUAUUUGCUGUGUCAGUUCUAUGACACAUUUACUUUUGCUCUGGUAAAACUGGUACUGAGGACGCUCAGUAUAAUUGUUUCAACCCUUUGGGUGUAUUCACCGAAGACGUUCAAAACAUGGAACGAUCUGCUGUGUUCUCCCUUCAGGAACAAGAAACGGCCCGAAAUUAUAACAGAGAAAAAAAAGAAGACCAUUUUUAAAGUACUUAUUCCAAAAAUUUUCCAAUCAAGUAAAGAUCUGCCAAAAUUUGGUGCACCAUUGAUGCCUGUAACUAAAGUGUAAAUUUUGUAUAUAAAAUAUUUAUUAACAAAUAACUCGAAUUUUGAGAUUGUGUCUCACUAUUUGAUAACCCAAAAAUAUUUUAUCUGUGUUAACAGAUGUGCCUUAAACGCGAGAAAAACGUACUGAAUAUUUUUGGUAAUUGACUUAUUUUUUAAGUGUGACUUUAUGUAAGAUAUUGUAUAUGUAUUUAUUUAAUGUUAUACCUAAUUGUGAUAUUAGUUUUAAGAUAUUUGUUAUAGUAUUUUUGUAUGUAAAGCGAUGCGAUUGUAACAGUUUAUUAACAUGACAAAUUAAUAAAAUUUUAUAAAAAAUAUA